CACCUCUAGGACCCAAGUUGAGCGCUGACCAGCUGGUCCUGGUCUACAGCACUCUGGGGCUCUGCCUCUGUGCCAUACUCUGCUGCUUCCUGGUGGCGGUGGCCUGCUUCUUCAAGAGGAAGGGGGAUCCGCUCUCCAGUAAAGCCUCCCACGACUCCUCCAUGGAAGCUGGCAGCGCUGCGGGCGCGUUGCCCGAGCCAGUGGAGACUUGCAGCUUCUGCUUCCCGGAGCGCAGGCCACCCACCCAGGAGAGUGCGGGCGAGACCACGGACCUCACCGGCACAAGCCCACAGCCAUGUGCGCGCGCCCCCGACGAAGGCCUUAGAGUCGUGUGCGCGCCCGCCCAGGACGCUGGCCCUGGCGCGUGA